UCAUUAACACACAUAAAACCUAGACCUAUUAGCAGGAUAACCCGGUUAAACGAAAACGAAGGGUUGUACAUACACAGAAGAGAGGAUGCAAAAGUAUCAUGUAGUCCGUCAGAUUACACCACAUAAACGGUAGGAAACUCUUAUUUCUAUUAACCAGAAAGACGACAUAUGGCACCGUGUCUUGAGUGCACUCACUGAUAUAAAACCAACGUGGGCUCCUCGUUAAUGUUAAACCCGAUUGAGGCUUGGUGGAAUUUGGUCUAGUUUAAUUUAGAGUGAAAAUGAGCCUGUUGAACAUGGCAUAUUAGACCUUGGGGGAGGUUUCCAACCCGUCUUGGAAUAAACGAUAAGGUGGUUGGUUACCUAAGUGAUGGAUGGAGAGUUGGAGCCCAGGACAGAUGUGGAGGAGGGAUUAAACAAGGGGGAUGAGCCCAUGGAAACCACACCCUCAACAGAACUGUGCUCAGAUGGGCAGCGUCAAGGAACUGGUGUCAUGACAACAGACGUAUCCAAGGCUCCAGAGGAUAACGAUGAUGACGUUGUGCUGGUGGAGGGGCCUCACUUUCAGGAGGGGAAAAAAGCAGCAAGCCCCUCUAGCAACCCUGCACCUGCUGAGACCACAGACAGUGCAGAGCCAGCCACCACAGCAACAGCAUCCUCCAACACUCCUUCUCCUCUCUCCUCCACAGCAACAACAACAGCAACCAUGGCUCCCAAAAGCCAGACUGAGCCCAUUGUUAUAGACGAUGAAGAAGAUUCUGAGCAAAGAGACUCUUCCUCGCUGGCAUCGAGUCAGAACAGGGAAGCAUUAAGCAGCACAGAACCAGACUCAGAAAUCAAAAUUGCCAGCGUCACCACACUGGGAGGGUCAUGUUCAUCAGAGGUGGCAAUGUCGACGUCAGCAGAGACAUCCACAGCCCCGUCUGAAGAGGAAAGCAUGAACCUCAAAAUCACAAGUGUGACAUCAUUGAAGGGGAAUGAGGGAGCAGAGGCUGGUGGAGAGAUGGAAGCUGCAGAAAACGGUUUGCAGAUCAGUAGCACAUUCAGCCUAAACCCAGAGGCCCAGCAGAGCCAAGGGUCAGCCAGCAAACCUUCACCAACGUUCAACCCAGGGCGUGUUAAUUCAGCUACCCAGCCGGUUCAAAAUGGCGAGACGGGGACUCACCAGAGAUCUGAUUCCUGGAUCUCUCAAUCCGCAUCUUUUCCCCGCAAUCAGAAGCAGCCAGGGGUGGACUCUCCCUCUCCUACAGCAUCUCUUCCCAAAGCACCAGGCCAGUCUUCCUCAGGCUCCCAGCAGCCACCACGCACCAUGAAGGUCACCUGUGCUAACUGUAAAAAGCCUUUAAAGAAAGGUCAGACUGCUUAUCAGCGCAAAGGCUCCUCCCACUUGUUUUGCUCUACGACCUGCCUCUCUGCCUUCUCCCACAAACCCACACCCAAAAAGAGCUGCACCAUGUGCAAGAAGGACAUUACUAGUAUGAAAGGAACAAUUGUGGCUCAGGUGGACUCAAGCGAAUCAUUUCAGGAGUUCUGCAGCACCGGUUGUCUGGCUGCGUAUGAAAAUAAACAAAAUCCCCCGAAGAACACCCUCAAAACCAAGUGUACUGUCUGUGGAAAGCUCACAGAGAUUCGCCAUGAAGUCAGCUUCAAGAACAUCACCCAUAAAAUCUGCAGUGAUGCCUGUUUUAACCGUUACCGUAUGGCUAAUGGCCUGAUCAUGAACUGUUGUGAGCAGUGUGGGAACUACCUGCCCAGCCGGGCCACAGCAAAUCACUUCUUGCUUAUUGAUGGGCAGCAGAAACGGUUCUGUUGUCAGAACUGUGUCAGGGACUACAAACAGACUCAUGGAAAGAUGACACAGUGUAGUGGAUGUAAGGUGAUGUGCAGGUCUUUUGAUGUUACUCAUGGUAUUGGACCCACUGGAGUCAUGGAGCCUUAUUGUUCUUCAUCCUGUAUGAAUAAAAGCAAAAUUGCAGCUGCUGCACAUAUUGCUGAGCCUUCCUGUCAUUUCUGUAAGAGAAAUGCAUUACCUCAGUAUCAGGCAACACUACCUGAAGGGAAGGUCUUAAACUUCUGCAGCUCUCAGUGUGUCACAAAAUUCCAGAACGCCACUAUACAAACAUCAACCAAUGGUCAACUUCCUGCCUCAGCUUCCAGCAACAUCCAACUGAAAUGCAACUACUGUCGUGGCUCCUUCAGCCUGAAACCAGAGAUUCUGGAGUGGGAGGAUAAAGUGUACCAGUUUUGCAGUAAGACGUGUUGUGAGGACUAUAAAAAGCUCCAUUGUAUAGUGACCUUCUGCGAGUAUUGCCAGGAGGAGAAGACACUUCAUGAGACUGUCAAGUUUUCAGGGGUCAAAAGGCCUUUCUGUAGUGAAGGUUGCAAGCUAUUGUUCAAGCAGGAUUUUAUACACCGUCUGGGCCUCAAAUGUGUCACCUGCAACCACUGCACACAAAUGUGCAAAAAAUCUGUUACCAAACAGAUAGAUGGUGUCAGCAGAGACUUCUGCAGUGAAACUUGUGCUAAGAAGUUUCAUGACUGGUACUACAAGGCGGCGCGCUGUGACUGCUGUAAGGUGCAGGGGAACCUGACAGAGUCGGUGCAGUGGCGUGCUGAGAUGAAGCACUUCUGUGACCAAGAGUGUCUCCUCCGUUUUUACUGCCAGCAAAAUCAGCCCAAUAUGGCAACUCAGAAAGGGCCAGAAAACACAGCAUUAGGACAGACCCAUGCAUCAAAGUUAACUCUGAUUAAUCAGGGACCCGUGUCAUACGCAGGAGGAGGGAUUAUUAAGGAUGUGAAAAAUAAAGCUGUUCUAUGUAAACCUCUCACCAUGACUAAAGCCACGUACUGUAAACCUCAUAUGCAGAGCAAACCACUGCAAACAGAAGAAGAUGGCUUGGAGGGCUUGGUGAAGGAGUAUGUCCCUGUUCCAAUUCCUGUUCCUGUUUAUGUUCCAGUACCCAUGAAUCUUUACGCUCAGGCCACACCCACCUCUGUUGCAAUACCUGUACCUGUACCUGUGCCAGUGUUUCUGCCCACCACACUGCAGAGUGCUGAGCAUAUUGUGAAGACCAUAGAUGAGCUCAAAGCCAAGGUUCCCACUGAUCCUCUUGAAGCUGAUCUGAUAACUAUGGCUGAAAUGAUUGCAGAGGAGGAUAAGAAACCUGACUGCUUAGAUAUCAAAUGUGAGAAGGAGAGUGGAGGGGUUAAAAGGGAGAAAGUAAAUAGCAUCAGUGGUGGUAGCGGUUCAGAAGAAGAGGAAGAGGAGGAAGACAAGUAUGAACCUGAGCUGGACCUGGAAAAAGAUCUUCCUCAAGCCUCAGAGCUUGUGCCCACCUUGGAGGGGAUGGACGCAGAGAUGGGUUUCACACUGCCGCCUGUCCUCACUGAGGAGCGAGAGGAGACAUCCUGGACUAGAACUAGGAGAAAGGGCAUCAAGAGGCGGACCAUGGAAGAGGAGACUUCUACGGAGUCAUCUUCAUCAGCAGAGCCUUUUGCAGCGGAUGCCUCUUUCCCCCUGAGCUCCAGGUAUGGCCUGAAUGCCUGGAGGAGAUGGACUGCAUCAUCAGCUGCACAGUCCAUUGAUGUAAAAGAGAAAGGUGCUUGCAAACAAGUGACUCCAUGUCGGUUGAAAGGCAGUCUUAUUUCACUGAGCGCAGCAGAUCUGAACAAGGCUCUAACUGAGUUCGUCAGAGAGGUGCGUCGGCCCAACGGUGAGCGCUAUGCUCCAGACAGCAUUCUCUACCUUUGCCUCAGCAUACAGAAGUAUUUGCAGGAAAAAGGAAGGACAGAUGACUUGUUUAAUGACUCCUGCUACAGUGUAUUUGAGGAGGAACUUAACAAGGUUCUCAAAGGCUGGCAACCCAGCGUUCUUCCUGAUGGCUCUCUGUGGGGUCGUGUAGAGGAACCGUGUCUGUGGAGCAGCAGACAGCUAGGAGAACAUUCCCCCUCAGUUCUCUUACGCUCUCUCGUCUAUCUCAACACAAAAUACUUUGGCCUGCGCACUGUUGAGCAGCACAUGCGCCUCUCUUUUGGUAACGUCUAUGGGCCCAGCACUUCUAAACCUCACAAUCACGACACCACUGUCUGUAUUUGCAUCCCCUCCAUCUCACAGGAUCAACAUGAACCAACAGCAAGUAAGAGGAGGCGUAAAGAGGCUAGUGACUCAAACUUUGAUCAGAAUGAUGGUUCGGGAGACAUUCACUGUCCUGUUAAGAAACACGAGUGCCGCUUGUAUGAACUCUACUUGUCUAAGUGCCCUGAGUCUGUGAGGCAGAGGACAGAUUUCUUCUAUGUGAAGCCAGAGGUUGCCUCUACAUCAGACAGUCCUCUGUGGUUCACUUCAAGUCCUCUAGAAAAGUGUGUGCUGGAGAGCCUACUAACUCAAGUCCUUCUGGUGCGAGAUAUCUACAGAGAGAGCAGCCAUGAGGAGGAGGGAAUUUAGGAAAAGAACUGAGGCCUUGUAUGCCACCAUAGCACCCUCUGCAUUACAUGUCACUUUCCCUUUAAACACACUGAUCCCAUUACAGUUAUAAGCAAAGCGAAUACUGUAUGUCAGGACUUGAGGGGUUUAAGGCUUAAUACUGAUUUCUAAAUCAGUGUUUCCAGAAGACUUGGUCUGAUGAUUGGUGCUUUACGUGAAAAGCAACCCACAGACUGCUGCUUUUUCUUUUUUUUGUAUAUUUUUUGUUGUUUUUCAUUUGUUAGGAAAUUGUGUGUAUGUGAUGUAGCAUUACCUACGAUGCCCAGAUUGGGCUGCUGUGGUCUGUAAAUAUUUCUGAAAAUAUUGUUAGAGAGAGGUGAAGUGUGUGUGUGUGUGUGUGUGUUUAAAACAAAAACCAUUGAAAUACUAUAGAUAAAUAAAAUGAAAGAAAUCAUCCUCAACAUGAAUCCAACAAGCCUUCUUAAGAGAAAAUAUUUAUUUAUUGCGGUUUGUGAUGUGUUGGAGUCCUUAUGACAGGACUACGUGUGUGUGUGCGUGUGUGUGUGUGUGUAUAUGCUGUGCCAUUUCUCUCACCUUCAUUAAGAGCAUUAAAGCCUGCUGCAGCCCUUGACCACCCAUCUGUGUCUGUCUCUCUCUCUCCAACUUUUCUUUUGGAGUUUGGGUGUUGGGUGGCUUGCAGAGCAGGCUUAUUUGAAGCAGGCUUUUUGUUGGUAUUAAGCUUUUAGUGUGAAGCUAUUCUUUUGAACAAUCAGUUCUCUAAACCUUUAUUUUUUAUCCCCAAUGUGUAUUGUUUUUUCCCUUCCAACUUUACUGACGUUUGGAUGUUUCUUUAAUACAUUUGAAAUAAACAAAGCACUUGACAAAAAGUGCAGUGUUGAUUCCACA